AGGACAGAUGGCACCACCAGGCCAGUGCACAACAACACAAUGGUGUGGGAACAGACGCUACUCCAACUACUGUGUUAUAUUGGUCUUAGUAAUAGAUAGUUUACGUUGAUUUGGAAACGCUCGUGUUCCUAAAGAAAUGGACGAUACGACUGAAAACGACCAUUGUCUUAAUGAGAGAAGUAUUGGUAAAAACGAUGAAACAGCUGAUGUGCUUCUAAAGGAUUCCAACUCGGCCCGAAGCAGUGUCCCUAAAGUUUCUCUUCGAUUACCAUUUAAAUCAGAAUCAUUCAAAGCACAGUCACUACUCGCUAGAUUUCAUAGUUCAAGGAAGUCCGACAGUGGUAUUAAAAGUGAAUUAAAAUCAGGUAACAACGGGUCUGGACACGGAUUUCCUCGUGGAUGGAGUCGUCAGAAACAAGUAAAUAAUUAUGAUAUUUCUCAGUGUGUUGGAUUCGUACCAGAAAAUACUUCAGCAAGUCUUCCAGAUGAUCUUAACCAAAACCCAAGUGUAGCUCUAAAUGUUAGCAAAGUCACAUGCGCAAUUAAUGGUGCAUCUCGAGCAACAAGUGAUGUACCAGAGACAUCCAUAUCAGGGUGCAUCUCAGAAGAGUCGCCCUUUUUGCCCACGGGUGGGCAAAGGGUUGCAGAAAGCUGGUUUUGUACAUGGCCCGGUCGACCAAGAAAACUUAAAAACCUAAGAAAAAAACUACUCACAUCUGGGACAAACAAUAAGAAUAAUUCUGGGUCUGUUAAUGGUAUUGAAAACCAUGAACGAGGUGAAGAAACUCAAAUUUCAUCUUCUCUGUUCCCCAAAUCUUUGAAUACAGACAGAUAUGAGGAGUGUGAUACACCCAAGAAUUCUGAUAUAAGGCAAGAGAAUAGUGAACCUGAGAUGUGUUCCAAGGUUUCAGAGUUGCCAAGUCACCAUGUAUCACUAGAUACAUUGUUAGAAUCGUUGCCAUUAGUAUAUGAUCCCUCGACAAGGCAGUUAUGUCUUGGAACUUCCAGGAGAGUCCAAAACGACUCCUCCAACAAAAGGAUGUCCAACACAAAUAUACUUGAUAACUAUAACUUUGACAUUCCUCCUGAAAAACAGAAGUUAGACUCCAAUAAGGGAUACUCUGAAUUAAAAGAGAAGGGUGAAGAAUCUCAGAAAGAAGCUUUAUUGAAAAGUCCUGAUGCGGGUGAUAUAACUUCCAUACCUAAAUCAUUAGAGAUUAUUCAAGAGGUUGAUGAAAAUGGAGAAACUGUCAGGUUGAUUGACAAGAGUACACCACAGUCAGGUAAUGUCAGUGGUAGUUCUUCUUUAGAGAGAGGAAACUAUGAAAGUCCAAGAAGCAGUCUUCAACGGGUUGGCACAAACAACUCUCUUUCCAUCACAGAUGCCAGUUCCUUCUCCAGUUUAUCAAGUUCCAACACUGAGUUAUCUGCAUAUUCAGCUUCAGACAGUGCUGUGUGUCUUGGCUCACACCAGUCUGACACUGGAUCUUUACGAGACUUUGUGCUUACUGAUAACGAUGGCAAGACCAAGAAGAAAGGAAUCACAGAUUUCCUUACUCGAAACUUGUUUUCAUGGCGUCACAAAGAUGGCAGUAUGGGCAAAACUAGUGAUGAUGCAUCAUCAUCAUCCUCGUCACCCGUCCCCUCCUCACCUGUGUCCAGCACCUCACCAGGCUGGAGGAUAUUUUCAAGACCCAUGACCAGGUCACCAGAUGGUCAGGUCCGUAAUAAUGAACUGGAGGCAGGUAGUGUUGGGCUCAUUAUGGAAAAUCGGCCCACCAACCUUCCAGCUAAAACUGCAUAUGAGCAACUCAAGCACAAACAGGAGUACCAACAGAUGGUUUCUGCUGCCAAAAAGAAAGAAUUGCGAGAUGCUAAAGAACGGAAAAAAGCACAGGCCACUUUACAACGACAGGAAGAACAAUUAGCUGCAGCUGUUGCUACUUGGAAUAGUGAUAUUUUACCAAAAUGGGACACCAUGCGUGCACACAAAAAAUGUCGUGAGUUGUGGUGGCAGGGCCUCCCUUCCUGUGUGAGAGGAAAAGUUUGGAAGUUGGCCAUAGGGAAUGAUCUGAAUAUCACUCCACAGCUGUACAGCAUCAUGGUUCAGAGGUCUGUAGAAAAACUAUUGAGCCUUAGUGAGUGUGGGAGCAUGGCCAGCCAGGAGGACGUGACCAGUGACUGUGGUGACCAGGAAGGAACCAUAGAUCUCAUCCGUCUUGAUGUUUCACGAACGUUCCCUCACUUUUGCAUCUUCCAAAAGGGUGGACCAUAUCAUGAUCCCCUUCAUAACAUCUUAGGAGCUUAUGCCUGUUACCGUCCAGAUGUUGGCUAUGUACAGGGCAUGUCCUUUCUGGCAGCAACACUGCUUCUUAACAUGGAUGAAUCGGAUGCAUUUAUUACUUUCUCAAACCUCCUAAAUCGACCAGCUCACAUGGCAUUCUUCAGAAUGGAUCAACCAGUGAUGUGUGCUUAUUACAAGACCUUUGAGGAACUUCUAGCUGCCAACUUACCACUUCUUGCUGACCAUUUACAAAACAUUGGAGUUACACCAGAUCUUUAUGUCUUGGACUGGUUGUUGACUGUAUUUGCUCGUCCAUUACCUCUUGAUGCUGCAGUCAGAAUAUGGGAUGUUUACUUGCGAGAUGGCGAGGAAUUUCUCCUAAGGGCUGCCAUUGGAAUCUUAAAAUUGUAUGAAACUGUGGUUACCAACCAAGAGUGUACUGCCACUGCCGCACAGUUUCUCACUCGUCUGCCAGAUGAUCUCUGUGUAGAUGCUUUAUUCCGGGCCAUUGCAUCCGUCCGAACUUCCGCCCACAAGCGCACAUUUACACAGAUCCUGCAGGCACACACAGAUGCCGUGGCUAUUACUGCUGUAUGAUUUUGGCCAACUUUUAUUCUGUAUUUCAAAUUGUUGUUACUGCAGGAAUGUUUUAUUUAUGAAAUUUAAGUACGAGAUUUUUAUUUUUUUUAUUUACUCUAAUUUGUAUGGGUAAGUCUUGAUGCUUCCAAAAACUACAAUAUAUUUAAAAGUAUUGGAUUCUAGUUAUCAUAUUUACAGUCAAGACUAAAUUAAAUUUUUGAAUUUUAUGAAAAAUACUGUAUCAUGAUUUCUGUAUAAGAUCACUGUACAAACAUUUUUUAAAAACUCUUUCUGACAUAUUCAUCUAAACUUAAGUGUCACCUGUCCUUAUAUAUAUAUAUAUAUAUUUUUUUUUUUUUUUUUUUUUUUUUUCAUAAUGACAAAUGCUACUUCGGUAGUGGGCUGUUCCUAUAAUGUAGGAUAAAAUUUUGGAUUUUUGAUCAUGGGUAAUUAACCAGAAAACUCUCAUUCAAGUUUUAUACAAAGGUAAAAAAUUUUGCUUAAUAGUAAAGGUUGAUAUCUAAUUUUCUUUGAUCUUAACAAAUGUACAUGAAGUAUUGGUAACUUUCCACAAAGCUUUUAAAUAUUUAUUUUAUACUUGACUACAAAUUUAUAUGUUUGUAUAUUAUAUAUUUUAAUUUAAGAUAAAAUAGGAAUUUAUACAUUUUAACAUUAGGUCAGUUGGAGUGAGUAAUCUGUUUUGGUGGAUUAGUAUCUUACUAAAGGAGAUGUUUAUUCCACUAGCUUCUAACUGCUUUGAAUCAGGAGAGUAGUGUCUUCAACCACUUUGCAACAUAAUAAGAUAAAGGCUUGGGAGAAGGAGAAGAGGGAGAAAGACCAAGAAGGAAAAAGUGAAGAACUCAAUACAAGUAAGGGUGGUGAAUGUCUAUGUAGCAGCACCUUGUAUGAAUGACACGAUGAUGGCACUGAGUAAGGAAUAUAUGUGCUGUUGGUGAUGAUCGUUUGUGUGAAGGAUCAUAGAUUAACCAAACUGAUAUCAUGGAGUCUUGAUGUGGAAGGGAUAACCAAAGAGUGCAUCUGUUACAGCAGUAAGUGUGAAUGAAUGAAUGACAGUAAAUGAAGAAAUGAUUUGUGUUUGCUCAUGAUUCUGGCCACCCUGUAAAAUGGUAGGAAAUGGCUAGCAGAAUGAAAGAAAUCUGAAAACAAUUAAAUAUCCCAGGAAUUCCAAUAUAACUCAUAAUUUAUCAUAUCAGAGAUGGAUUUUAAUGAAAUCAGUAAUUGACACUGUUAUAUGUAAUAGUUAUUUGCAUCAUUGUUAUUUAAUGUUAAAUUACCCUCUGUACAAUAGAGCCAUUCUGCUGUACAGUACACAUCUAAGGAAGAAGUGGCAUUCAACUGGAGUUCAUGUUCAGUUUACUGCUCUGUAUGGAAGCCAAAAUAUGAAUGACUGAAGAAGUUUUAUGUCAGAACAAUUGGGGUAACUUCCAAAUGAAGUUGUGAUACGUCUUUAAAAUUUUUAAGUGAAUUGAUAUAGUUUAUUAGCAGAGAUAA